AUGCAUCAACAGCUAAAUAAUCUUCGCAAUGAACAACGAUCUAAGACAAAUUGUUCUAAAAAUAUACUUCGUCGAGGUAAAAAAUUACCAACCAGUGUAUUACAACAAUUAGAAGAUAACAAGAAUAAAUUUAUAUCUAUGAAUGGUUUUCUUUCAACGACAAAAAGUAAUGAUGUAGCUAAGAUGUUCGCUGGUGUGGAAACAAAUAGAGCGGGUUAUCAAUCAGUCUUAUUUGAAAUGCAUAUCGAUGGAGCAAUUAAUACCAAAAGACCCUACGCCGAUAUUUCAAGAGAAAGUGCAAUUCCGGAUGAAGAAGAAGUUCUUUUCUUUAUGGGAUUCGUUUGGCGUAUCGAAGCAGUGGAUAAACUAUUCGAUAAUACAUGGAAAGUCAAACUACAACUAUCGACUGACAUCAAUUCGAAUCUUACUAGAAGUUUCAAUGAAUUGAGCGAUAAAUGUACGUAUUUUACAUUGGGAAGGAUCUUGCACGAACUCGGUGAAUAUAAAAAUGCAAUUAGCUUUUAUGAUCGUAUGCUGAAUAUAACUUCAGAACUUUCAGAAAGAAAAACUUGUGCUGAUAUUCAUUUUCACAUUGCUAUAUCUGCGUUUGAGGAUGGUUCAUAUACUCAAGCACUCGAUAAUCUUAAGAAAGCGGAGCUUCUUAUUGAAGAGCUCGUUCAAUCAGGUAAUGGUGAGUCAGUUGAGCUCCGACCAAUCUUGGCGGAAGAUAUGCAUCUUUCACCAAUGUGUAUUAUGAUGAACAAAGGUUUGGUUUAUCGAAAGAAAAGAGAUUAUAAAAAUGCCAAACAUUCAUUCAAUGAAGCUCUGAAAAAACAAGGCUCAAAAAAUGACAAAGCUCGUGUACACUAUAACCUCGGUGUGGUCCAAUUUGAGCUAAGAAUUUAUGAUGAAGCACGUAACAACUAUCUCCAAGCACUUGAAUUGGCUGAAAAUCAAGCUCUUACAAGCGAUAUAAAUCAAAGGCUAGAAACACUCAAUCAAAUAUUAUCUUCGAAUGAAAUCAUGAAAAAAAAAUUGUGA